AUGGAUGAUGACAAUCUGUUUGGUGGAGAUUUAAGCGAGAGCAGCAGUGAUGAGGAACAGAGUAACCACUCCUCCAAGGUCGUGCAAGAAACAGCUGUGGUCAAAGAGGAGAAACCUGAUACUCGUAAACCAAGAGUAUCCUUCACAUUGGCUGAUGACGAAGAGUCCAAACCGCAUCGGUAUUGUCUCUAUUUUCACGGAUUAGGUGCUCCGGCCGAAGCUCACAAAUGGGCCCAUAUAAACGAAAAUAACAAGAAAGAUGUUUUCACCGCUCCUACUGCUCCCGCUCCAAAGAAGAUUCAUCAGGGACAAAACGAAACCUGUCGUUGUGAAGGAAAGAGAAAGCGUGCGAUUCGCUCAGUAUUGCCCGAACAGGCCGAAAAACCGUCCACUAGCCAGCCAGAAAGCGCCUUACUGCAGUUCGUCAAAGCAGAGCAGGAAGAGGAAGACAUUCUUCCAAUCAAACCACUCAAUGAAGAGGACGAGCUGUUACGACUCAAAAUGCAGGUAUGUCGUUUUAAUUAUAGAAAACGGACCUGCUUCGAUGAGUUCGUAUAA